AGUAUUAUGAAUUAAAUGACAAUUACGUGAAUAGCGCGGAUGUUUUUUCCAAAUCGAUAGAGAAAGAUUGUAAAAUUCCACAAAUUUCUGCAUUGGCUUCACAUCGUUUGAUGUUGUAUUCGAUGUGUUUAUAUGUUUCAG